AUGGCCGGAGUAUCAAUUCAAGUGGCACGGCAGCUUUCUCGGCGUGGCUUCAUAGCACCGCAACAAAAGCUGACGGGUUACCAACAGGUGGAACGGCUAGGAAAUUCACAAUGCUUCUCUGUGGCUUCAACCGCACAGUCAAGUGCGUCAUUGGCGGCUGCCGCCGAGGUUCAGUACGGGUCGGACCCGGCUGAUAGACAGUACAGCAUCACCGUCGCCGAUAUCGAAGCACGGCGGAAGCGAGACGGCAGACUGGUAGCCGGCACGGCCGCUUCGGCUGACGUCGAUUUGUUCAAGACCUUCCCGGCUUGGCGUCAGCUACCCAAGGCACGGCGAUGGGAUCAUAUCCUGAGUAAAGAGAGUGCGGCACGGGAGCCCUGUGUACUGAAGCAAGCGGCGCGCCACCUGAAGAAGCCAGGCUUGCUCUCUCUUGGUGGCGGCCUACCGUCACCGGAGCAUUUCCCCAUUCUUUCUAUGAGCCUACGCGUCCCUAAUGGACAUGCCGGAUUUACGGAGGCUGCAGCGGCAUCUGAGGAUGGAGGUGUAACUGUCAGCAUGGGCAAAUACGAUGCGUCACAGACCCUGGCUGCUACGAGUGGCGGCAGCAGCCCUGCAGAGGAGUACGACCUGUCCAUUGCGCUCAAUUAUGGCCAGUCGACAGGUUCAGCUCAAAUGCUACGCUGGGUUACGGAGCACACUGAACUCGUAUGCCGCCCGCCAUACUCUGACUGGAAAACAUGCCUUACAGUAGGCAGCACCGGAGCUCUUGAGCAGGCCCUACGCAUGUUCUGCGACCGCGAGCGUGGUGAUAUAAUGUUGACGGAGACCUACAGUUUUUCUACGGCGCUGGAGACGGCUGCACCUCUGGGUAUCCGUGUGUUGGGCGUGGAGAUGGACGAGCAGGGUAUGCUCCCGGAGAGCUUGGAUGACCUCUUGUCCGGCUGGGACGUGCAGGCGCGUGGCGGUUCUCCUAAACCCCAUCUCUUGUACACUGUUCCUAGUGGUCAGAACCCGACCGGAGCAACCCAAGGCGCCGCGCGCCGCAAGGCCAUCUACGACGUCUGCAGCCUCCACGACGUGUAUAUCCUCGAGGAUGAGCCAUACUACUUCCUGCAGAUGCCCCCGUACGAGCGGGACCGCCCAGCUGGUGCACCAACGUCGACCCCAGCUCGAAACUCCGACGAAUUCUUGCAGUCGCUGAUCCCGACCUUUGUGAGCCUCGAUGUAGACGGCCGCGUGAUGCGCAUGGACUCCUUUUCCAAGGUCCUGGUGCCCGGCUCGCGCAUGGGUUGGUUGACAGCGUCGGAGCAGAUCAUUGAACGGUUCGUACGCCACGGCGAGGCUUGCAACCAAGGGCCUUCCGGUAUCUCGCAAGCAGCGAUCUACCAACUCGUCGAUAAAACGUGGGGGCAUGAGGGCUAUCUCAAGUGGCUGGAACACCUCCGCGAAUCCUACACCCAGCGCCGUAAUAUUCUCUUGGACGCCUGCGUGGACCAUCUGCCGGCUGGUAUUGUCUCUUGGAACGCUCCUACCGCCGGCAUGUUUCAUUGGCUUAAAGUUGACCACACCCGGCACCCGGACCAUGGCAAGCGUGGUAUCCUAGAAUUGGAGGAAGAGAUCUUUGACCUUUGUAUCGAAAAGGGUGUGCUCGUCGGCCGUGGAUCCUGGUUUGCUGCAGAGCCUGACCAACCCCUAGAAGGCCUCUACUUCCGUGCAACCUUUGCUGCAGCCUCAGCGCCGGCUAUGACCGAGGCCAUCCGUCGGUUUGGAGAGGCCGUUCGGGAGAGCUACCGCUUGUAG